AUGUCUCGUAUAAGACAAGAGCAGAUGUCAUGGACAUCAAUAGCAAAAUCUGAUGCUGAUGGUAUUGAACAAUUCAAAUUUAUUGAUUCAUUAUCGAUCAAUCAUGGAUUCUCUUUAAAGCAAGUAUUGACCGGCUUUCCUGUGCGACCCAAAUACGGUAUAUUUAACAAUCAAGGCGAGCAACUUUUUUAUGCUUUUGAAGAAUCAAAUUUAUUUGAUCAAGUUUGUUGUACAAAUGAGCGAAAAUUUACUAUGCAUGUUGUUGAUAAUCAAAGUCGCGAACUCAUUAGAGUUCAUCGUGAACGACAAAGUUGCUCUGGAUGCUGCUGUCUUGCUAACUGUGAAAAUUGUAAACAACAUGUUACCGUCGAAUCACCACCAGGACAUAUUCUUGGCGCUGUUGAGCAAGAAUUCAGUUUUUCCGGUAUGAAAUAUGUUCUUAAAGAUGCCAAUGAUACACCGAUGUUAUUUAUAAUGGGACCAUGCUGUAUUUGUGAUGGUACUCAUUCGUGUGGUUGCGAAAAUAAAUACGCAUUGUUGGGUACUGAUCGAAUAACCGAAAUUGGAUCAAUUGAUAAGCAAUAUUUCAAUAGUGUACGAGUGUCAACAGCAAAUUCUGUGGCUUUUACAUUGAACUUUCCAUUGAACCUCGAUGUUCGAAUGAAAGUUGUUGCGCUUGCUGCUCUAUUUCUUAUUGACAUUGGAAACUACAGUAUGAUUCGUUUACGCAGCUAA